AAAUAGAAAAAAAUCGACCCGAAUUCACCGAUCAACACUAGCCCGCCUUUGAUAAAAUAAUCAUGUUCGGAGUUUAGUUGAUCUGGUAAUCCUACCGGUUACUACCAAUCACGCUAUGACUGGUACGUAAACAUUAAGCGCAUCGAAGCUGCAACUAAUCGCGCCAGAGCAGCCUCUGAAACAAGGAGAAAUGGCGUCCGCGGACGUGGACAGCAGUCAAAGCGAGUUUCUGCAAGCCGGUGGCGCAGCGGAAACACAGACAACAGAUAUGUCAGCUAUUCAGCUGACAGGUUCAGACCGAUGGGAAGUGUUAACUCCUGUUUCAGCGGGGAAGGAAGACCAAGGAGUUGUCCACAUUCCAAACUCUGGGAUUGUCACAUCCAAUGGGCAAUAUGUGCUUCCAAUUGGGAGUCUUCCUAGCCAGCCCAUUUAUGUUACAGCAUCUGGUAGUGAGGCUGCAUCCAAUGGAGUGUCAGGCAUUCAGUAUCAGGUCAUCCCACAAAUUCAGAAUGCAGAUGGAACACUUGCAGGAUUCCCAACACAGGGAUUGGAUGACGGUACAGGGCAGAUUCAGCUCCUCCAAGAUGGGAGCCACGGCAGCAUUGGAAUUAGCUGUGCCACAACAGCAACCACAGACCUCCUAACACAGGCUGGUCAAGUUCAGUCAAUCCAGGGUGUCUCUCUGGCUGGAGGUGCAGCAUACACAGGCACCGUACCCGUAGGGUUGCCCGGCAACAUUACUUUUGUCCCUAUAAACAGCGUGGAUCUGGAGUCACUAGGGCUAACCGGAGCUCAGACAGUCCCCAUUGCAACAGGAGUGACACCUGAGGGUCAGCUGAUAAUGAGCAGCCAGGCACUGGAAAGUCAGGGCCAGGACAAGCAGCCGCUGGUGACAGUUAGCGAUCCUAACACUAACCAAGAGCUGUACGUGCCAACCACCACUUCCUCCUCCAACUCCUCCCAGCUCCCUGAGACCAUCGAUGGGACCGGGGUUCUCACCCAGGCCACCGCUGUGUCGGCUGGAUUGUCUGAUCCUUCCUCAGAAAACUUCAACUCCCACAACCACCUGCAGCAAAUCCAGGUGUCCUCUUCCAAUGCCACCACUAUCUCACAGCCCAUCCUGCAGCUGUCUGGGGAUGGUCAGGCCCAGGUAACCCAAGUGGCUCAGAGCCAGGACCUGACUGCAGCAGGUCAGACUCUACAGAGCGUGCAGCUGGUCAACCCAGGAACCUUCCUCAUCCAGGCCCAAACUGUCACUGCUACUGGACAAAUCCAGUGGCAAACCUUCCAGGUUCAGGGCGUCCAGUCACUCCAGGGUCUCCAGCUGCCCCAAGGUCAGGCGCAGCAGUUGACCCUAGCCCCAGUCCAGACCCUCCCUAUGGGCCAAACAGGCCAAGUCAGCUUACCCAACCUCCAGACGGUCACAGUUAACUCUGUAACACAAAGUGGAGUUCAUUACACGCAGGGAGAGGAUUCAGGCAGUCCAGCUGGUAUUCAGAUAAAGGAGGAGCCAGACUCAGAGGAGUGGCAGCUGAGAGACUCCACGCUGAACCCCAGCGACCUAAACAACCUGCGCGUUCAGAUAACGGAUGAGGACAUGGAGACGCCUGGUGGAGAGGGCAGGAGGCUCCGCAGAGUAGCUUGCACCUGCCCUAACUGCAAAGAGUCUGGAGGAAGAGGCUCAGGAAUGGGGAAAAAGAAGCAGCACAUCUGCCACAUCGUUGGCUGCGGGAAAGUCUACGGGAAGACGUCUCAUCUGCGAGCUCACCUGCGCUGGCACAGCGGAGAGAGACCCUUCGUCUGCAACUGGAUGUACUGUGGGAAGAGGUUCACCAGGAGUGACGAGCUGCAGAGACACAGGAGGACACACACAGGAGAGAAGAAGUUUGUGUGCACAGAAUGCUCCAAGAGGUUCAUGCGGAGCGACCACCUGGCCAAGCACAUAAAGACUCACCAGAACAAAAAGGGCGGAGUUCCCUCCUCCACGUCUCCACCCACCACCGACGCCGUCAUCACCACAGACGGAACCACACUCAUCCUCCAGACCACCACCACCCAUGACCUUGUAGCCAAUCAGGAGAUCCCCCUGCAGCUGGUCACUGUGGCGCCGGGUGAGGUCAUGGAAUGAGGAAGAGGGGAGGGGGGGGACAAAGGGAUGAGGUGACUUUUCUGAGAACUGGCCAAUCACAGGGACCUUUUGGGCUUUUCUCUUCCCCUCUUACCUUCUUUCUAUUGUUUUGUUUAGUUUUUUUUUUUUCUUUUUUUUUUUUUACAUAUGAAUAUAUACGUAAAUAUAUAUAACAAAUAUAUAUAUUUUAAGUGAGAGUUAUCUUGACUUAAUGUUUGUUUUUUGCAGUCUUUUUAUAGGGGGCAAAAGAAGUAACAUUAAAAUGUGGUUACUAUGUACACGAAAAAAGAAAACAAUUUAACACUCAAACCACGACAUGAAUACUCAACACAAUGAAAUGCCUUAUUUUGUAUUAUACCCUUGUAUAAAAUGCUGGAGGUGCAUGUGUUUUUUAAGCUUUGCAAAUGAUGUAACUGUAAUGGAGAUAACUGUGUUUGUGUAAGGAGGGAGAAGGAAGCAAAGAACCUCUCUGGGAUGAUUGUGUGUUUUUUUUUUUGUGUUUUUUUUUUUUUUUCUCCUCGCAGGAGAGUUCGGACUAAACGAAGCGCUCUGUUUGAAGCAGUGCAACAUCCACAGCUAACUGUUGCACCACUGCUGCCAUGAACGGAUGCGUAUGUUUUUAAAGGAGUAGUUCAAGCUUUUAGUUGACUAGCAGUUAACACAAAAACUGGAAACGGGUCUGAUUAUGUUUUCAAGUAGCAUAAUCCUCAAAAGCCUGCAUGCUGUUUCCAACAGAUUCCAGGAGGCUCUGAAAUAAUCUGGUACCACUACCCUUUUCAUUGUUCAACUCAGUCUUGCAUGUUUCUGGUAUUUAUGUUGAAGGUAGCUGACUGUUAACAGUGACCUCACAUACAGAGUACAGGCGUAUCUUUGGCCUGGCAUCAAGUAUAUUUCUGCAUGUUUUCUUUGAACAUGCAGCGGUUACCACCCAGUCAUUGACAGCUAACAGGGCAGUGAUGCCACGCUGCUACAAGCAGAGCGCAGGUCAAGUUGGUGGCCAGAGUAGGACGACAGUGCCACUGUUAACUGAUCUGAAGUUAUUCCCCCCUCAGUGAGUGGGCGGGGGAUGCAGGCCGCUCUGAGAAAGAGCAAUUUAUUCCAGCAUCUGAUCAGUCUGAGCAGAAUGUCCCCAUCUGUCCUCACGAGCACACCGUCCGCUGUGCUUGGUCACAUAUUAAAAAAUUUCUUUCUUUCUUUCUUUGCAUAUUUUUGUUGUAAAUUCACCUCUUGUCCCAGUUUUCCAUUUUCUGUUUAUCCGAGUGUCAUUUUAACCGGAGCAACGUGACAGUGAACGCAAAUGUUGACGACUUCAGCUGUUGCCUUUGAAACCCUGCAGGGCUACUCAUUCUCAGCUGUACGUGGACAGCGCGCUUCAGUGUUGCCAUGCGGAUUACAACAGAUGCAGCAAAUCAUGUCAUUGAACAUUCCAGUUGGACACCAAAUGAUGUGGGAUUGUUUUGCAAUAACUGUUCUGUUGGUAAUUCUGGCCAGAUGUCACUCAAGGAGGAAAACAAUCAUGCCAUUGUUAUUUUUUUUUUCUUUUUUCUAAUUAUUGUAAUCUUUUCCGCAGUUUGUCUUUUGUUUGUAGAAUUCAUUUACAUGUAUUAUCUUAUUUUCACAUUGUUUAUAGAAGCCAUUACUUAGUUAACUGAAUUUGUUGUAUCAAAACCUUAUUUUAAGUGAUUUUUUUAAAGAAUUGGUGUAAAAAUUGAAUGUUGCCUUUUGUAAAACCUUUUUUCAAAUGGAUCACAAUAAAAGUCUGAAACCUU